AUGGACUUCCACCACCUCAAAUCUCCACUCCCCUUAUCAACCUCCCGAGCAACCUCGGCCACAUUCCCGCUGACCCAUGGGUCCUCCACUCCCCGAUCCAAUGACCAACCCGCCCCCGAGCCGUUUGCAGUCCGCAACGAGACCCUAACGGACCGGAGCUCAUCUGGACCCUUUUCCCAUCGAGAUCAUCAUGGUCGCGCUUCACUCGAUGAGUCUCCCGCGUACACGCACACGCACACGCAUGCCCGCACCCGAUCCUUCGCAAAGCAAGUGGAGCUUCCGAGCUUUGAUGGGCUGAAACCACAUCAUCGACAUAAGCAUAGCAAGUCGCGGGAACUGCGAUUACCCCGCCCCAUGAGCCAUCUUGCGUCUUCGGCGAGUGCGCGGGGUCUGUUGCCGACUUGGUCGGGUGGGCGGGAUAAGGAGCGGGAGGGGAGUGAUGAUGGGUUGUUAAGGCCGAUUACGAGAGAAACUACUAGGUCUCGUUGGGGGUCGGAUUCUACGAGUGGUGGGUUGGGCUCGGGGAGUCGGAGGGGUAGUCUUUUGGAUACACCUGAGCAACAUGAGCGGUUAGGUCCGAUUCGACGGCAGGAGAUUCAGUCGAUGGAGGAUUUGGAGCUGGUUAAGAAGCGGAGGAAACAGGGUGAAGAGUAUCUACGUUCUGCGCUUUCUUCUAUAGGGACGCUUGCGACAGACUUGACUCGGCGACUGGAUUACACUUAUUACAAUCUGCUCGAGAAGAUCACGGCGCUCAACUCGACUAUUGGGUUAUUCCAGGAACUGUCUGAUUCGGCAUCGAAUCUACUUAAUGAUUUUGAGCGCGAGACAGCCGGUCUGGACCAGGAAAUUCGCAAGCAGAUCAAUGAUCUCAAGGGAUUUCAACCGCAGAUUCAAAAAGCGGAUGCCCUGGACGAGCGCAUGAAGAAAGGCCGGCAACGGGUGGAGGAGCUGGGUAAGCGGCUCGAAGCCGUGAGACAGCAGAUUGAUAGUUGGGAGGAGAGAGAGACCGAGUGGCAGACUCGUAUCAGCCGUCGGUUACGCAUCUUCUGGGGGAUCGUGUGCAGUGCGUUCUUGGUGUUGGUGCUCGCUCUGGUGGUGCAGAAUUGGCCGACUAUCAGUUCGCCCCAACAGAAUAAGGCCCCAGGACCAGUACCAACGGAGCUAACGGAGCUUGCGAAGCUGGUGAAUGAGUCUUCCGCUGGACCUGCGCAUCUACCUGAUACUUGGGAGUCACUGCUGGAAGUUCAUGACCCGGCAAACGCAUCGGGCUCGUCCUGGUACCCGUCGAGUCUGGCAGAGCGACGGCAAAGUCUCGAGGAUGCGCAGGCUACACCAAGUGCUUCGGCCAGCGCAAGCUCUCGAGCUGAACAACACGAUGCAACAGAACAUGAUCCGUUGAGACUUUUUGAUGAGCUGUGA